CCCGGCUCCCCUCGGCGGCGGGCGGAAGGCCGGAGGGCGGCAGCGCCAUGCCCGGCCCGGCUGUGCCGGGAGCGGCGGCGGGGCCCGUCCCCGACCCGGAGGAAAGCUACGAUUUCCUCUUCAAGCUGGUGCUGAUCGGGGACGCCAGCGUGGGCAAGACCUGCCUGGUGCAGCGUUUCAAAACCGGGGCCUUCGCGGAGCGGCAGGGCAGCACCAUCGGCGUGGACUUCACCAUGAAGAGCCUGGAGAUCCAGGGCAAGCGGGUGAAGCUGCAGAUCUGGGACACAGCAGGCCAGGAGAGAUUCCGAACCAUCACCCAGAGUUACUACCGCAGCGCCAAUGGGGCCAUCCUGGCCUAUGACAUCAGCAAGAGAGGCUCCUUCCUGUCCAUCCCUCGCUGGAUCGAGGAUGUCAGGAAGUACGCUGGUUCCAACAUAGUCCAGUUGCUGAUUGGAAACAAGUCUGACCUAAGUGACCUUCGAGAGGUUCAGCUGGAAGAAGCUCAGAGCCUGGCUGAACACUAUGAUAAUAUCAUCUGUGCCAUAGAGACCUCUGCGAAAGACUCCAGCAACGUGGAGGAGGCCUUUGUGAAGAUGGCAACGGAGCUGAUGCUGAGGCAUGGAGGCCCUGUGUUCAGUGAGAAGAAUACUGACAGCAUCAAGCUUGACAGCAAAGACGUUGUGGAAGGCUGGGGGUGUGGCUGCUGAUAGGAGCUAGGUGAUGUCCCUGACUUGACUGGAAUUUAGAUGGUGCUUCACCCUAAUGCUGAGUAGCAUGGUAGCCAUACUCUCCUCCUCCUGUGAAACCAGCAACUUUGUAGAAGUUAGACACAAUCCUAUUUGCUUUGGUGAAUUAUUUUUAAAAAGGGACUCUUGAGAGGUAGUCCUGCAACUCAGACCCUCUGAGAAACUUACUCAACAUUUGCCCCCACCACUUCCUUUUCUAUAACCUUCAUACAGAAGUGGAGGAAACAACUUUGAACUGGCAAUGUGGGGUGGGGAGACAGAUGGUUGGGGAAAGGACUGAUGCACACCCAAAGUUCUGAAGCGUUUAAGUGUGGCACUGUUGGUAAAAGUGGUCACUUUUGGGAUAGGCAACCCUGGCAGUGUCUAUUUAAACUGUUGCUGCUCCACCAAGGACCAGAAAAGUACCAGUGUCUUUGAUAAAGAUACUGCAAGUGUCACAACACCCAGCAUCUUGAUUGUGGGACCAAAUAGCAGUCACCUGUCCUGGGGCAUAUGGAUUGCUAGUUCGUAUGGAGCUGGCCCAGGUGGGGAACCUUCUCUCAGGUUUUGUCAGGAUUUUUUGGAGCUAUCAUUUGAACAAAAAGCAAAGUCACCCUGAGCAAUAUCUCCUGGCUGGUGGUCAAGCAGAACUGGACCAGUGUCGUUGUUUUAAAUACAGCUUUGAGGGAGAAGGGUAGAUCCAUUUCAGUUGUUCUUCUUUGCACUCUUUUCCAAGUGGGUAUCGUUGAGUUUCUGCCCUCAGGUCACUUAAUUUCAUUCCACAACUCAAGACCUGCACCACUGGAAAGAGGAAGUGGAGCAACCUUGAACUGACUGGUAGCCAUGAUCUGCCAUGUGCCUGAUGGUCAUACACAGGGUUAACUCUCGUGAUAUGUUUGACUUUGGUACCAGUUUAUUGCUCAAGUGGCAAUAAGUGGAUUUGGGGGUUGAUUUGGAUUCUUUUUUAAACCAUCUCUUUAAAUACAAUCUGGGCAUAUACUGGGAAAGAUGACCUUAAAUAGCUGCAAACUGCAUGCAUUGCAACUUCCUGGCUGUAAGAAACCCCAGUGUCUUUCUGAGCGAUUCCUUCCCAGCUUUGUACUCAACUGCUUCCCUCUCCUGAUCACAAGUUACCAGUUGCUUUUCAUUUCCUGAAAACACUCAACAGGAAAAGUCUUUCUCUGUUGAUUAAAGGUCAACAGGAAAAAAAAAUCAGUAAAAGAGAUUUCAGAAUUCA